GCCCUGCUUCCCUUCGGGCAUACCCUCUGCUGUCAGUGAUCACCCGGCAGCCCACAGUCAUCUCCCACCUGGUCCCCGCCGCCCCCGGAAUCGCCCAGGCUCUGUCCCGCCACCCGGCCGCUGAGGCCGCCUCCGCGGAGGCCCCCGGCGAGAAUGUGGGCAGCAGCGAGUCGGAGGCAGAGCAGCCCACGCCCCGGCAGAAGAAGCCUCGCCGGAGCCGCACCAUCUUCACCGAGCUGCAGCUCAUGGGCCUGGAGAAGAAGUUCCAGAAGCAGAAGUACUUGUCCACCCCAGACAGGUUGGACUUGGCCCAGUCUCUGGGACUCACUCAACUGCAGGUGAAGACCUGGUAUCAGAACCGCAGGAUGAAGUGGAAGAAAAUGGUUCUUAAAGGUGGACAGGAAGCGCCCACAAAACCCAAAGGUCGUCCCAAAAAGAACUCCAUCCCCACAUCAGAAGAGAUCGAAGCUGAGGAGAAGCUGAACAGCCAGGCCCAGAGCCAGGAGCCCAGGGAGCCCUCCCAGGGCCAGGAGGGGAUCUGUGACACGCAGGAACCGAAAGCACGCGGUGUCCCCUUAGAAGUGGCCGAGCCCCCCAGCCAGCCCCAGGAGUUGCCGGUAGCCUCUUCAGAACCCCCACCAUCAAGCUAAGAUAAAGCUCCUUUUGGGGAGAGGGGGACUGGGAAGAAGGGAAAGAGAGAAGGCAGGGAGAACGGGGGGAGGAAAGCUUCCGGGAGCUGGGUGGCCUGGGGGAGACGACACCGCCGGCUCCCGGCUUCCUCCCCACAGGUCUCUCCAUGAGCAUCUGGGGAAGACUUGCUCGCCUGAAAGGCGCUUUAGCCUCGGAUGCCCCCGACUAAGGGAGACAGUGCCUUGGAACUGCCGGCCCCGGUUGGGGGGACGCCGCGGGGCCGCAGGGGUCCAAGCCCCCCGGCGCGGUGGAGGGUGCUGUCUGCUCUCCCCCUCCAGCCUCUGGGCAGCCGGUCGUCAAAGCGGAAAGAGACGGAGGCCUGGGCAGCACGCCCGGGUUCCUUGCUGACUCAGCACUUACUUCUGUCGUUUUCAAACAGAAUUUAAUGUUUUUGGUUGUUGUUGGCUUUUUUUUGGCAGUGGGAGGGUGGGGUUGGUGAGGGUGGGGAAAUAGGAUUUGGGGGAAGGGAGUUCUGAGUUAAUAGAAUAAAGUUUGUUUGUUUGAAGACACGCGUGCCUUUGUACCCAUUAUAAGAUGGUCAGGUGACCCAAGAACUUGAUAAACCUUGUUUUUCUUGCUUCAUUAAGUUGCCAUCCCUGAAGCUGCAAUGCAGAUACCUGCAAUGUUAAGAUGACUUUUAUUUUUUAAUUAAAAAUAAAUCUUUCAAAAGGA